AUGAAAAAAGCACACAAAUACGAUUUGCGAAGGCGCGUACCAGAAAAGGCGCAUACCGGCAGCGAAGAAGAGUCAUCGGCUGAAAGUUCCAUGGACGAGUCAAGACAACAAGAGGGAGCCAGUGCAGAUAGCAUGAACGCCAUAAUUGCAACGUUAAACGCACUCAGGGCUUCAGUGGAGGAGUUAAGGAACAGCACAGUGGAAAGUCAGAGGGAUAUAAUUCGUUUACGGGAAGAAAUUCAACCUCAAAGCGUCGUGGAACAAGUGCAGCCAGCACAGAGUGAGCCAAGACAAGUCAUGUCACCACAGGAGGAGGCCAGCCAGGUCGUGCCAGCUACGGAUGCGAGAGUGAAGUUAUAUGACUUACCGACAUUUAAUGGCAAUGUGGAAGAGUGGCCACUGUUUCGUGCGAACUUCGACGAUACAACAGCGAUUUUUAAGUAUAGCAAUAGGCAGAAUUUGAUGCGCCUACAGAAGUGUCUCAUGGGUCCGGCAAAGGAGGCGGUAGCAUCAAUGCUAAUCUACCCGAAUGAUGUGCCAACUGUGUUAAGCGAACUCGAAUUUAGAUUUGGAAGGCCAGACAUGCUUGUAAAAUGUCAAAUUAGCAAAUUACAACAGUUUCCACUAAUCUCCGAGACCAAGCCUGACCAAAUUGUUUUAUUCUCCUCAAGAGUGCGUAAUGUGGUAGCAUUCUUGAAGUCGGCAAAGUGUCAGCAGCACUUAGCAAAUGUUACUUUAUUGGAGCAAAUGGUGGGUAAAUUACCUCAGGCGCGACAAUUUGAUUGGGCAAGGCAGGCGGCGACCAUACAGCCGUACCCGACGGUAGAAGAUUUUUCAAAGUGGCUUAGCGAGUUGGCUCGAAUAGCUUGCUUAAUGCCUACAGCAAGCACCUCGAGUACAAGGGUAAAUGCGCCGACAGCUAACCCUCGGCGGUUGAUGCACAUAGAACGUGCAAUAGAGUGCUAUAAUUGCAGCGGCAAUCAUUCAGUUUUCCAAUGCGAACAGUUCAAGAAGAUGGGUGUGCAAGACCGAUGGGAGCUGGUGAAAACGCUCCAACUUUGCUUCUCGUGCUUGCGAAAAGGACAUUGUACGUUAAAAUGUCGAUCUCGGAAAAGGUGCAAUGUAAAUGGCUGCCAACGGUACCACAAUCCGUUACUACAUGGUGAAGAAGCAAAAACUCAACCGGUACUUAAAGCUACACAAACAAAUGAGACAGCGCAGCCCAUAUUAAACUGUCGCCUAACACAAAGCACCUGCGGGCAACUGUUCAAGAUGUUACCGGUCAACAUUUAUGGCCCCAACGGAAAGCGAGAAGUGUUAGCGAUGUUUGAUGAAGGUUCAUCAAUAUCGAUAAUGGAAGAAAAGGUCGCCAAACAAAUCGGUGCCAAGGGUAAAGCACGUCCGCUAACGCUUCAGUGGUACGAUGACAAAGUAGUCACCGAACAAGCAUUGAAACUAAAUAUUGAAAUCGAAAAUCGCUUAGAUAUGACCAAAUUUUUAUUGAAAGAUGUGUUUACUGUGAAAGAACUGAAUUUGCCAGAGCAGUCUUUGCAGAAGGAGGACUUCGAGCACUUGAAACACUUGCCGCUCAUAAAUUACCACGCUGCGAAACCGGUUUUGUUGAUUGGACUGAAACACGCUUAUUUGGGUGCCACGUCUACAGCAGUGCAAGCUGGCAUCGAUAGUCCAAUAGCAAUUAAAACUCCAUUAGGGUGGGUCGCGUAUGGCCCUACUAAGUCGCCGUUGGCUGUAAGUCCUCGCGUCAUGCUCAUCAAAGGCUACCAACAGCUACAAAACUUGGUCGAGGAGUAUUUCGCAACCGACAGCUUCGGUACCAAUCCGGUAUCCCUCAAACUGGAAUCAGAAGAAGACGAACGAGCGCGAUUAAUUCUGGAGCAGACCACCAGACGAGUCGGCGACCAGUUUGAAUGCGGUCUACUGUGGAAAGGGUAUCCAACAAAUCUACCUAGUAGCAGGGCGAUGGCGGAAAGGCGUCUGAUGUCUGUUGAGAGACAGAUGAAAUGCAACGUAGAGUUUGGUAAGCGAUAUAGGCACGAGAUGGCAAAAUACGUAGACAAGGGUUACGCCAGGAAGUUGGGUAGCGUCGAACUUGCCGCGACACAUCAACACGUUUGGUACUUGCCCCAUUUCGCGGUCCUUAACCCCCACAAGCCAGAUAAAGUGCGAAUCGUUUUUGAUGCCGCAGCCAUGGUAGACAACGUAUCGCUGAACUCAGCUCUUUUAAAGGGGCCAGAACAAGCGCAGCCGUUAAUACGGAUAUUAUUACAGUUUCGCCAGGGGCGAGUCGGAGUGUCAGCCGACAUACGCGAAAUGUUUUCGCAGAUCAGAAUACGUCCAUCUGAUCAACACGCUCAACGGUACCUAUGGCGAGAUGGAGAUGCAAGUCAACCGAUUGAGGAAUACGCGAUGACAUCGUUAAUAUUUGGUGCUGUGUGUUCACCAUGUAUAGCAGAGCACGUUAAAAAUAAAAACGCCGAAGAUUUCCGAGCUGAGUUUCCUGCCGCCGCCUCCGCAAUUAUCACUAAGCACUACGUCGACGACUUAGUAGCCAGUUUUGACACACCACAACAAGCCGUAAAGAUCAGCCGCGAGAUUGUCCAUAUUCAUAUGAAAGCGGGAUUCGAGUUGCGGAACUUCAUUUCCAAUUGCAUCGGGGUGGAAGAAAGCAUGAACCAAACAUCGCCAGCAGUUAGAGAAGCAGUCAGCAUGGAACGUGGUGAAACAACAGACAAGGUGCUCGGGCUAUUCUGGAACACCAACAAUGACACGUUCGAAUUUCACACGAAAUUUCAUCGCGUUCCAAAGGAGGUACUUGACGGAACACGCGCACCAACGAAGAGAGAGCUACUGCGAAUCGUAAUGGCAGUUUUUGACCCGUUCGGUAUGUUGGCGGACUAUUUACUUUUUACUAAAAUUUUAAUUCAGGAGACGUGGAAACACAGAAUCGCUUGGGAUGACGUUUUGCCGCAGGAACUAAGCAAGAAAUGGGUACGCUGGUGGCAAGAGUUCCAUAAUGUUCAGCAGUUCAAGAUGCAGCGCUGUUAUUCUCCGUACAUUUUCGAUGGUGGGCGAGUGGAAGUACACAUCUUCGUCGACGCAAGUCAAGUAGCGUUCGCAGCAGCUGGGUACGUUCGCGUGGUUCACGGAAGCGAAAUCGACGUCAGCUUCAUAAUAGGGAAGACGCGCACUGCACCGGCGAAGCUACUAUCCGUCCCAAGGCUAGAACUACAGGCAGCGGUAUUGGGUGCACGACUAGCCAAAAUGAUACGCGACUGCCUUGAAUUUACAGCCGAGCGAGUAAUUUUUUGGAGCGACUCCCAAACGGUUUUGCAAUGGCUGAAUUCGUCAAAGCGGAAGUAUAGAGCAUUCGUUGCUCACCGAAUAGCAGAGAUCCUCAGCACGACAGCCCAGGAACAGUGGCGCUGGGUACCGACUUGUCACAAUCCUGCAGACGUAGCCACGCGUUCUUCAAAUACGCCGAAGUUUGACAACAAUAGCUGCUGGGUUAAAGGUCCGGCAUUUUUGAAGCUCGAUGAGGAGUAUUGGCCUACUACAACAGUAAACGCAGCAUCCGUUUUGCCAGAGGAAGUGAAGUCCGACAUCCUACUUCUCGUUCAGCCAAGCAACACCUUAAUUGACUUUUCGAAAUUUAAUUCAUUUUCAAAGCUAAAACGGACCAUAGCCUGGGUCAUAAGAGCAGCAACUCUAUUCCGUGCGAAACCACAUGCAAAGUCACAACCACCAUCAAUUCUCACUGCAGCAGAGUUACAAAGGGCCGAAUAUAUCAUAAAUCGAUCCGUACAGCGAGAAAGUUUCCCGAGCGAAAUAGCAGAUCUGACAGCGGCGCGGAAGUUAGCAAAGCAAAGCUCGCUGUAUAAACUGUCACCGUAUUUAGACGAGGAUGGCUUAUUACGAUUAAGCGGCCGCAUCGACGAGGCAUCAUAUUUACCAUUUCAAGCACGACGACCAAUUUUAUUGCCGCGAAAGCACAUUUGGUCAGACCUUAUAGUACAGCACUGCCACGAGAAGAGCCACCACCAGAAUUCCGCGAUAACAAUCAACGAGGUACGCCAAAAAUAUUGGAUUCCGGGCCUAAAAACUCUUCUAAAAGCAAUACAACGUAAGUGCCUCGUAUGUAAAAUCGAUAGGGCCCAGCCCAGUCCACCAAUGAUGGGUCAACUACCCGUCGACCGCAUUACUCCGUUUGUGCGUCCGUUUACUUUCACGGGUGUGGAUCUGUUCGGGCCAUUUAAUGUUUCCAUAGGAAGACGUCACGAGAAGAGGUGGAGCGUAAUAUUCACGUGCCUGACAGUCCGAGCUGCGCAUAUAGAAUUGGCAGAGAACCUAUCCACCGACGCCUUCAUUUUAUGUUUACGCAAUUUUGUUAAUCGCCGAGGUACUCCCGUAAGGAUAAAGAGUGACAAUGGAACCAAUUUUAUCGGCGCGCAAAAAGAGCUGAAGUCCUGCGAACGUUUGUUGGAUACAGAUCGCAUCCAAGCUGAAGCCGCGAAGCAUAGCAUCGAGUGGGUGUUCAAUUGCCCAGCGAAUCCCAGCUCAGGUGGUUGUUGGGAACGACUGAUACGUGUGGUCAAAUCGCUGUUGGCUAAGACGCUCCGAGAAGUGGCGCCAAAGGUGGGCACCCUGCAAAGUGUCCUCAUCGAAGCAGAAAAUAUAAUAAAUUCGCGACCACUAACGGAUGUGCCAGUAUUACAUGAGGAUGACGAGCCACUCACGCCCAAUCACUUCUUGCUGGGAUGUGUGAACUCGACGCAGACACCGUAUCCAGCUGACGAUAAGGAGAAGACAACGCCACUGAAGGUAAACGAUCUGGUGAUCAUAUGCGAUCCAGCACAACCACGCAGCCAGUGGCAGAGGGGGCGUGUUACGAAAGUAUUCCCCACGAAAGACGGCCAAGUACGAGUUGCCGAAGUGAAGACCAUCACAGGUGUACUGCGACGGCCAGCGACGCGCUUAGCUAAGCUUACAAUUGCAGAAUCUCGGGGAGAUUCACGGGGGGAGGGGUAUGACAAUGAGAAUCUGGAACAAAGGAAAGGUGUAUCACUUGACACAACAUCAGUGGCAAUUGAAGAAGCAGUAAAUAUCAAUAAUGGCCAAAGUGAAAGUGAAGAUAGCACAUGGUACGAAACCGAAAAUGAUACAGCAGAACAAGUACGAAACUUUUGCGACUUAACUCAAUCGAAUAUUAUUGAAAAGCGUUUACGCAAUGAACCACAAGCAAAUAUUGUUUACAGCUGUGCAUUUUUAACGACGAGCGAAGAACCGAAUACCUAUGCACAAGCUACAAAUUCAGAGAAUAGCAAAAAGCAAUGCGCGCAGAGUCAAAAAGUUAUUGAUAAUCGUUGGUUAUAUCGAAUCAAGCGAAAUCCUGACAACACAAUUGAUCGUUUCAAGGCCAGACUUGUUGCGAGAGGUUUCUUACAAAGCUACGGUGUCGACUACACGGAGACAUUCAGUCCAGUAGUCAAAUUUUCUUCGAUUAGAUCAUUGCUGGUGACAGCAGCCGAACGAAAUAUGGUUAUCAAACAAUUUGAUGUUAAAACUGCAUUUUUGUACGGUGAUUUAAGCGAGGAGGUGUACAUGAAGCAGCCAACUGGUUUCAAUGAUGGAUCGAGUCGAGUGUGUAAGCUGAUUAAAAGUCUGUAUGGACUCAAACAAGCUCCUCGAUGUUGGAAUGCAAAGUUUACAAAUUUCAUCUCAGAGUUCCAAUUCAAGGAAACCGAAGCAGAUCCAUGUGAGACCACAUUCUUAGCUCUAUUUGUGGAUGAUGUGCUGCUUUUAUCAGCAAGCAACGAAUUCAUUGAACCAGUUGUAAAGUACUUGCAGAAACAUUUUGAGAUUAAGAGGUCUGAGGCAAAUUACUUUCUUGGCUUCGAAAUAAAUCGGAUGAAUGAUGGCUCAAUAUUCUUAUCGCAAGAAAGUUAUGUUAAAAAAUUGCUAAACACCUUCGGCUUUGACGAUGCAAAUUCGGUGUCAACGCCAGUCGAUCAUCAACAGGUUUUAGAGGGAGAAAUGUUACUUGCUGCAGACAGUGAUGCUGAUUAUGCUGGCUGUGCCGAAACACGAAAAUCUACUACGGGCUACUGUCUUACGAUUGGUGCGGGUAUAGUUAGCUGGUGCUCAGAACGGCAAUCAACUGUCUCCCACUCAACGGCUGAGUCUGAAUACAUUGCGGCAUCACAAGCAUCAAGAGAACUAGUAUGGCUAAAGCGACUGCUAUCACAGCUAGACGAACAGUUGAGGUCAGAGCAACCAGUACUUUAUGUGGACAACGAAAGCGCUGUAAAGCUGAUCAAAAAUCCAGUCCUGCAUAAAAGAACCAAACACAUUGAAUGGUUUAAACAAAAGCAACUCUAA